AUGGAGCGCGGGCUGCACCUCGGCACGGCGGCCGCGAGCGAAGACGACCUCUUCCUGCCCAAGAGCCUAGGCGCCUCGACCGCCAAGCGCCUGGAGGCGGCUUUCCGCUCCACGCCCCCAGGCAUGGACCUGUCCCUGGCGCCCCCGUCCCGUGAACGCCCGGCGCCGUCCUCGUCGCCCCUGGGCUGCUUCGAGCCCGCUGACCCCGAAGGGGCCGGGCUCCUGCUGCCGCCGCCCGGAGGAGGAAGCGGCGCGGGCGGUGGUGGGGUGAGUGUCCCCGGGCUGCUAGUGGGCUCGGCGGGCGUCGGGGGCGACCCGAGCCUGGGCAGCUUGCCGGCGGGGGCUGCCCUGUGCCUCAAGUACGGCGAGGGCGCUGGCCGCGGCUCCGUGGCAGAGAGCAGCGGCGGCGAGCAGAGCCCCGACGACGACAGCGACGGCCGCUGCGAGCUGGUGCUGCGAGCCGGGGCCCCCGACCCGCGGGCAUCCCCGGGAGCAGGGGGUGGCGGCUCCAAGGUGGUCGAGGGCUGUUCCAACGCCCACCUGCACGGCAGCUCCGGCCUCCCCUCGGGGGGCCCUACGGGAGGCGGCGGGGGAAGCGGCGGCGGCGGCGGCGGCGGCGGCGGCAGCAGCAAGAAAUCCAAAGAGCAGAAGGCGCUGCGCCUCAACAUCAACGCCCGUGAGCGCCGUAGAAUGCACGACCUGAACGACGCGCUGGACGAGCUGCGCGCGGUCAUCCCGUACGCGCACAGCCCCUCGGUGCGGAAGCUCUCCAAGAUCGCCACGCUGCUCCUUGCCAAGAACUACAUCCUCAUGCAGGCGCAGGCCCUGGAGGAGAUGCGGCGCUUAGUCGCCUACCUCAACCAAGGCCAGGCCAUCUCGGCCGCCUCUCUGCCCAGCUCAGCUGCUGCUGCUGCCGCGGCCGCUGCCCUGCACCCGGCUCUCGGAGCCUACGAGCAGGCGGCUGGCUACCCAUUCAGUGCAGGGCUGCCGCCGACCGCUUCCUGUCCCGAGAAGUGCGCUCUCUUCAACAGCGUCUCAUCCAGCCUCUGCAAACAGUGCACGGAGAAGCCUUAAACACCCCUUCCCUCGAAAACCUCGAGACCGACCCCAAAGCUACAGGAAAGCAGAAGCUGCUCUCCUCAUCCCCUUUAUUUUGGUCCUCUCCUAGUUGCGAAACACUUGCAGGGCAAACAAAGCAGAGGCAGGAACUGAGAAGUAUCAGAGACAAACCGGACUUUCAGCCUUGGCGUGCUCGGAAUCUCGGUCUUUGGGGUGGGGAGGGAGGGAAGAGGGAGGUUGAGUUGGGAUGGAGUGUGGUUGUCUUUUUUUCCCUCAGAAAAGUGGCAACUUUGUGGGUAACCUUGACCUCAGAAAGUACGGUCUUCUUUGAAGGUGAAAAAUAAGUUGAAAAGUAGUGUUUGAUUAUUAGACGUGAAAAGUACUGAAUGACAAAAUACUAAUCCUAUUAAUAGCUGAGAAUUUCUUAAGGGCUAAUGGGGAGAGGAGUACAGGCUGAGAGGCUUGGGGACAGAAUAUUCUUUCAGACAAAUCAGAAAGGGCACUCGAAAAUAAAUUUUGAUUCUGAGCCAGGAGAAAAACUUGAAAUGUAGACUUAUUUAAGUGAGGGGAAAACAGAGAAAGACGUGUUGCUAUGAAAGACUUGUAUUUUUUAUUUGUCUCUGAACUUAAAAUCCUGUGAAAAUGCUCAAAGUUUUGGUGAGAGUGAUAUAAAAAGCAGGCUGUGGCUGAAAGAAUUGCAUUUAAAAUAUUUAUGUGCACCUUGUUACUUUCUACUCUGCAAUGAUGGAUUAACAGUUCAUGGUAUUUAUUUGUUAUUCUUCAGUGAUCCACAUCAACACUAUUUAUUAUGUGUUAUGGUCUUGGGUCUUCUGUGCAGAUUUUUUAAUGCCUCUAAAAUUCUGUUUUAUAUAUUAAAUUACACUGUGUGCCAAGUGUUUAAAGGUUUAUUUGCCAACAAGUAUGAAGAGAAAUGUUGAUGUAUCUGAGCUGCUUAGGUUUUUGAAAGGUCACCUGGAUAUUUUCAGUUGCAUCAUCCCUGUAUUUAAAUUGAGCUUUAAUAAAUUGCUUCAGUCCAAAAAUUACAGGAAAGGUGUAUUCUUAAUUGAUGAAUGAAUUGAUCUCUUUUUCAAAAGGGGACCUAUUUGCAUUCCAAAAGGGAGAAACAUCAUAGCAAUAGAUCUUAAGUAAGAACAUGCUAGGCAAAUAUAUUUUCCAGGUUGUGUUGUGCAUUUUU